UCGGCUCAUCUCGCACUAUAAAAAAGCGGCUUUCCCGGACACUAGCUGCUCCGACCUCAACCCCUCCGUACAUCACACUUGACUUGACCACCAAGCAUCCGUACCCGUCUCCUUCACCAUGGGCGUUCAAAAGACCAUCAUCACACCAGGCAACUCUUCACUCUGUGUGAAAAAGGGUGACGAGAUCCACUUGCAGUACACAGGAUGGCUAUUCGACGAAGAUGCAGAGGAUAACAAAGGCGAUCAGUUUGACACAUCUGUCGGUCGGGGCGAAAGCAUCAUUACCAUCGGCAGAGGUCUUGUUCUCAAAGGCUGGGAUGAAGGCGUGCUAGGUUCCGCUGACUCUUCACCUAUGAUGUUGGGUGAAAAGGCGACACUGGUUAUAACACCUGACCUUGCCUAUGGCUCUCGUGGUUUUGUCGGACACAUCCCAGCAAACGCAACACUGGUCUUUGAUCUGGAGAUCAGAGCCAUCAACGGAAAGAGGGCAGACAGCACCUGAUCAUCCUUCUGCAUCCUUGCACCGCUCUUUGAAUCACGUUGGUCGACACAUACCCCCGUUUCUACCCGACCCGCCUACCCAGCCAGCCAUUUGCGCCCUUACAAUUCCAAGCUUCGAAGCCAACACACACGAGAGCCAUCAUGUUGACGGAGUGUCUUGUGUGUGUCGACACAUUGCGCGCCAUUUAUGCCU